GGGGGGUCUGUUUUUUGGUUGAAGUCCCAGCGUCGACGGUGCCAUCGUGGAGCCCCCACUGUUGGGGGAACGAAGGAGGGCAUGAGCAUGAAAACUCAUCAGAGGUCCGCGCGGACCUCUGAGUUUUAAUGUUUCUGUCAUUCUUCGUUUCCCCAACUGUGCACUGCAUCUCUCCGCUCCGCCCCCCGUCCCAUCGUCGACGGCGGUUGUGCCAUGCUGCGCCGUGGGCGAUCUGGCCCGAAGAGCCCCAUACAGGGAGCGAGCGUGUAGCCUCUUGAGUUUGUGCUUCGCCCGAGCACUGGGGAGCAAAACAACGUCAUGUCGAUGCCGCUGUCUGUCCUCGCGGGCCAUGCGGCGGCCUCGGCUGGCGCCGCUGGCGCUGCUGGGCCUGCUGGCGGCCCUGCGGGCGGCGCGGCAGGGGGCCUUCGUGGGCGCCCGCGCGCCGCCCCCCCGCGGCGCCGUGGCGGUGCGGGCCCAGAGCCAGGAGGAGAAGGACAAGGAGAGGCUCGAGUUCAUGGACUCGCCGAUUGGCCAGGCAAUCGGCGCCUUCGCAAAGUUUCUGUCGGAUUCGCCCCUGAACGACGGGAAGAUAGCGUUCGCCAAGAUGCAGGCGGGCGACUUCGACGAGGCCGCCGUGGGCAAGAAGGUUGACGCCUAUCUGGCAAAUAACGCGGCCGUGAUGUUCUCGUUCUCCAAAUGACCCUUCUGCAUCAAGGCCAAGAAGGAGCUGACCGACCUCGGGGCGAACUACCUCGCACUCGAGCUGGAUGAGAUGGGCGACGAGGGCAAGCAGAUCCGGGCGGUCCUGGCGGAGCGCACGAGGCGCACCAGCAUGCCAAACAUCUUCAUUGGCGGCCAGGGCGUCGGCGGGUGCAACGACGGCCCGGGCAUCAUGACCCUGCAGAAGCAGGGGGAG